GGUGUUGGUGUUGAAUUCAGAACUGUAGCGGCACAUGGGGCUGGAGGACGAGCGAAAGAUGCUGACCGGGUCCGGAGAUCCCAAGGAGGAGGAAGAGGAGGAGGAGGAAUUAGUGGAUCCCCUAACAACAGUGAGAGAGCAAUGCGAACAGCUGGAGAAAUGUGUAAAGGCUCGGGAGCGGCUAGAGCUCUGUGACCAGCGUGUA